AACAUUCCCUCUCCAUGUCUAUAUACUCAAAGGUCGUAGCUUGAUUUGCAAAACAAUGCGCAACAUUUUCUGAAGCAAAGUGUAAAAUAGAGUGUAAAAACGGACUGUUAUCGAUCUCGUGCGCUUCGCAAGCGUCCACUGCGCUGCGUCUGUCGAAAGCGCUUACACUGCACACAGUAGUUACAGUCAAUUUUUCGAGUUGAGCUCGCUGCAAAGAUGUCGAUUAUAUUUACGCCGACGAAUCAAAUACGGCUGACGAACGUAGCCGUUGUUCGUAUGAAAAAAGCUGGCAAGCGAUUCGAAAUUGCAUGCUACAAAAAUAAAGUGAUAUCAUGGAGAAACAAAUUAGAAAAGGAUAUUGACGAAGUACUACAAACGCAUACAAUAUUCACCAAUGUCUCAAAAGGUCAGGUGGCAAAGAAGGAGGAUCUCAUGAAAGUUUUUGAAACUGAGGAUCAGACCGAAAUCUGCAAACAGAUUCUCGCUAAAGGUGAACUUCAAGUUUCUGACAAAGAGAGGAAUUUGGCCUUGGAGUCCAUGUUCAAAGACAUUGCCACGACAGUUGCUAGCAAGUGUAUAAAUCCAGAGACCAAGCAUCCAUAUCCAGUUACCAUGAUUGAAAACGCCAUGAGGGAAGAAAUACACUUUUCCGUCAAACCUAAUCGAAACACCAAGCAGCAGGCAUUGGAUGUUAUCUCACAAUUGAAAGAGGUGAUGCCUCUGGAGCGUGUGCAAAUGAGGCUCAGGAUUGUCAUUCCGGAAAAAGAGGCUAGGAAAUUGAAGGAUAAAGUCAUUAAGUUUACAACUAAAAUGGAAAAGGAAGAAUGGGACAAUGGAUCGUUAACGAUAAUCUGCUUAAUUGAUCCAGGUCAAUACAGAGGAAUAGAUGAAUUUAUACGGUCAGAAACAAAGGGUGCUGCUUUAUUGGAAUUAGUUAAUUUAAAUGAGAUAGUCGAAGGGGAAGAACUCUUAACGUAAAUUGUGAAUGGAAUUAUUACGUACCUAGAUACUGUUAUUCACUGAGAGAGAAAUUGGUAUUUAUUAUUUCUAAUUUAUAGUUUAAGUAUAUGUUGACAAUUUUGUUACAUCUUAACAGUAUGGCUAAUAAAACAAUUUGUAUUUGUAUAUAUAAGUUUCAUUGAAGCAAAUUAUCUACAUGUACAACAUUAUCAUAUAACAUCUUUAUCACGACAUUGUUCCUAUUGAAAAAACUGCAAUAAAUCUUCUUAUUAAGAUUCAAAA